AUGUCUUCCCAACCCCCUCUUCGUCCUCUUCUCCGUACCACGCUCUCCUCCCCCAAUACCUCGUCUGGCCCAACCGAUCUCCCUACCACCGCCUCAUCGCUCGCUCCGUCCCCCUCCGCAUCCUCUUCGCACAUCUCCAUCCAGACCCCUCCGGCCCCUGAUCGUACCCACUCAUCCUCCACCCUCAAUUUUGGCGCCCUCGGUGCACUCAACAUGAACAUGAAUUCCCAUCCAGAGCGCGAACGCAACAAGCGGCACUCGCACGGCGCACUCUCGCCAGCCGAGAUCCACUCGGCAAUGCACCGCGAGGGAUCGGGACAUGGGAGAUUUCCCCGGACGAAUACCCAAGGAUCGGCGGGCGAAGGUCGAUACCGCCGUAAAGUCGGGUUUGAGGCGUUUGAGGCGGGCCCAGAGACGCUGUUUGCGUUUACGUGCCAGGCGAAAUCGGACGGGUAUAAGCGAUCGAGAAAUACACGGGUGUUUGCGGUCGCGGUGAGCCCGGAUGAGUCGGGAGAGGACGCGCUCGAGUGGUUGAUGAGCGAGUUGGUGGAGGAUGGGGAUGAGGUCGUGGCGAUUCGAGUGUUGGAGCUGGACGAGGGCGAACGUCAUGAUCCCACGGCACUGAGCGACUUUAGAGAGGAAGCGCAUGGGAUCCUGAGGACCAUGCUGGAGAAGAAUGACGAGGCUGAGAAUCGCAAGAUCUCGGUUAUUGUCGAAAUGGUAGCGGGUCCGGUGCCGGACAUGCUCCUCAAGAUGAUCGCGUUGUACAGGCCAGACUCUUUGAUUGUGGGCACUCGAGGCAGUCGAUCAAGACUCCAAUCUUUCGGCAGAGCCCUGGGAGCACCCGGAAUGGGUUCCGUAUCCCGAUACGCAGUCUCCCACUCCCCCGUGCCCGUCAUUGUCGUCCGGCCCGAACGUAAAGUCAAGAAACACCUCGCCAAGCGUCAAAACGAUCCCAAACGGGGUCAUUAUGCCCAGAUUGUCGGGCCGAACGGAUUGGAACUGUCGAGGAGUCGAUCCAGGGGAAGUAUAGGCGGGAUGAGCGAUAAGGAAUGA